AUGGACAAUCAGACUGUUCUGGCCGUCCAGUCAUUGUUGGAUGGCCAAGGAGCAGUCCCAGAUCCAACAGGCCAGAGUGUCAGUGCACCCCCUGCCAUCCAGCCAUUGGAUGAUGAAGAUGUCUUUCUCUGCGGGAAGUGUAAGAAGCAGUUCAACUCCCUGCCGGUGUUUAUGACCCACAAGAGGGAGCAGUGCCAGGGGAGUGCCCCCACCCUGGCCACAGUCUCACUGGCUACCAACAGCAUCUACACACCUUCAGCAGCACCUGCAGCGGUCCAGCAGGCCCCACCUCCUGCCAAUCGCCAGAUCUCCACAUACAUCACAGUGCCCCCGUCCCCGCUGAUCCAAACCCUGGUACAGGGGAACAUCUUGGUAAGCGAUGACGUGCUCAUGUCUGCCAUGUCAGCCUUCACAUCCCUGGACCAGCCCAUGCCCCAAGGGCCCCCACCUGUGCAGAGCAGCCUGAACAUGCAUUCUGUGCCCAGCUACCUCACCCAGCCUCCACCACCUCCUCCACCUCCUCCACCACCCACCCCCCCCCCAGCCCCCCACCCCCCGCCUCCCCCACCCCAGAGUCUGGGCCCCCCUGGGCGUCCCAACCCUGGUGGAAAUGGCGUGGUGGAGGUGUACAGUGCCACUGCGCCCCUGGCUGGGAGUGGAACGGUGGAGAUCCAGGCACUGGGAAUGCAGCCCUAUCCACCCCUGGAGGUGCCAAACCAGUGUGUGGAGGCUCCGGUGUACCCCACCCCCCCAGUGUAUAGCCCUGGCAAACAGGGAUUCAAACCAAAAGGACCAAACCCCGCUGCCCCCAUGACGAGUCCCACUGGUGGCACGGUGGCCACCUUUGACUCCCCACCAACACUGAAGACCCGACGGGCUAAAGGUGCCAGUGGACUUCCGGAAGCUGCAGGAAAGCCAAAGGCUCAGAAACUCAAGUGUUCAUACUGUGACAAAUCAUUCACCAAAAACUUUGACCUGCAGCAGCAUAUCCGAAGCCACACCGGUGAGAAGCCCUUCCAGUGCAUUGCAUGUGGCCGUGCCUUUGCCCAGAAGUCUAAUGUCAAGAAACACAUGCAGACCCACAAGGUGUGGCCUCCAGGACGCAGUGGUAGCACCGUUUCUCGCAACUCUGUGACAGUACAGGUCAUGGCUCUGAACCCCAGCAGGGAGGAUGAUGAGGAAAACACAGGGUUGGGCCAGACCCUGGCGAGUACACCUCAGGCCCAGGCCUUGCCUUCGGCCAGCAAGGACGAGGGGGAUAAGCUGGAGACCAAGCAGGUGGUCCUCAUCGAUAGCUCCUACCUGUGCCAGUUCUGUCCCAACAAGUUCAGCACGUACUUCCAGCUCAAGUCCCACAUGACCCAGCAUAAGAAUGAGCAGGUGUACAAGUGCGUUGUCAAAAGCUGUGCUCAGACGUUCCCAAAGCUUGACACAUUUCUGGAGCACAUCAAGAGCCACCAGGAAGAGCUGAGCUACCGGUGCCACCUCUGUGGCAAGGACUUCCCCUCGUUGUACGACCUGGGCGUGCACCAGUACUCCCAUAGCCUCCUGCCGCAGCACAGCCCCAAGAAGGACAACACCGUCUACAAGUGUGUCAAAUGUGUCAACAAGUACUCCACCCCCGAGGCCCUGGAGCACCACCUGCAGACUGCCACGCACAACUUCCCCUGCCCGCACUGCCAGAAGGUGUUCCCUUGUGAACGCUACCUGCGGCGUCACCUGCCCACCCAUGGCAGUGGGGGCAGGUUCAAGUGCCAGGUGUGCAAGAAGUUCUUCCGGCGGGAGCACUACCUCAAACUGCACGCCCACAUCCACUCAGGUGAGAAGCCCUACAAAUGCUCAGUGUGCGAGUCUGCAUUCAACCGCAAGGACAAACUGAAGAGACACAUGUUGAUCCAUGAGCCCUUCAAGAAAUACAAAUGCCCCUUCUCGACACACACGGGCUGCAGUAAGGAGUUCAAUCGGCCGGACAAGCUGAAGGCUCACAUCCUCUCCCACUCUGGCAUGAAGCUCCACAAAUGUGCCCUGUGCAGCAAGUCCUUCAGCCGCCGCGCCCACCUCGCCGAGCACCAGCGUGCCCACACGGGCAACUACAAGUUCCGCUGUGCUGGUUGUGCCAAGGGCUUUUCCCGCCACAAAUACCUCAAGGAUCACCGCUGCCGCCUCGGUCCCCAAAAGGACAAGGACCUGCAAACCCGGCGCCCCCCCCGGAGGAGGGCAGCCCCCCGCAGUGGCAGCAGUGGUGGGCACAAGGUGGUGACCCCCCUGUCCGACCCGCUGGGGCUGGAGGAGUUGAAGGACUCAGGGGCUGGGCCAGUGGCCGAGGCCGCCCCAAGCAAGCCACCCUUUGCGGAGCCCGAUGCUGUGCUGUCCAUCGUGGUGGGUGGCUCGGUGGGUGGGGAGCCUGAGCUGGUGGUGCCUGGGCAUGCCGAGGCACUGGGCUCCAACCUAGCAUUGGCAGAGCUGCAGGCUGGGGCCGAGGGCCCUUGUGCCAUGCUCGCCGUGCCUGUCUACAUCCAGGCCUCAGAGUGAUGGCCUGUGGCAUUUGCUGCAAGGACCAGCCUGGUGCUCAUCUUUGGGUCUGGAGCCUCUGGGGGCAGACUAGACAUCCUUCCCAGUGGAAGAGAGCCAUUGGUAGAAAUCCUUUUGAAUGUCAUUUAAAAACCCCAGCCUGUGGCUGCCUUCCUGUGACCCCUAUCCUGCUGGAAAGCCCUGUAACAUUCUAGGAUCUGGGGCAGGGUUGCCUACGGCUUCUGGGCAGAGUGAUGGCAAGAGAGAUGGCUGGAGCUUGAACAGUCCAGCAUCUGGCUGGGCUAGGCUGGGGGUUGGAUCCGCACCAUCCUCCUGCCUACCCCCACUCGGCCACCUCAGGGUAGCCUCUCGUCAAGCUUCUCUUCAGGAAGCUUGACAUGGUCAGAGUCCUUAUCUAUGGACCUUUUCACAUACAGUACCUCACAGUGUCCUCAGACAACACUGUGAUGUAGGCAUUUAGGAGGCACUCAGUGUUGUGGUUAGAGUGCAAUUAUGAGCCAGAUCUGGCUUCAAACCCAAGAGUUGCCAUGCACUUGCUGUGUGACCUUGGGCAAGUCAUGUCACGUCUCUGAGCCUGUGUUCCUCGAGUCUACAAUGGGACUUACAAUAGUACUACCUCAUAGGGUUGACAUGGGGAUCCAGUAUGAGGGAAAGGUGCAAAGAACUCGGCAUGGUGCCUGGGGCUCAGAAAGUGCUCAGUCAAUGUUUUU